AGCUGGACAUCGAGCAGAGCUCUUCUGUGCUUUGGCCCAUCAAUGGAGGAAAGAACGUCAUCUGUUUCAUACAUUUAGUUAGCUGCCAAAUCAGUUCAGUUCUUCCAUAAACUAGUAUUUUUAUCCCACAACACAUUGUUUUCAUAGCGCUGUCUCUUUUGUGUGCCAAAUAUGCAUAAAAAAGACAACAGUCAGUGCCAAGAAAUGUUGAAAAGGGAAUUCGUGUAAAGGCAAGUGCUAGCCUUGCUAUCUUGGUUAGCUAGAUAGCUACAAUUCUGAUCAGCUAGCUAGUUCAAGAAACCGAAUUAAAACCCCAAAUUAAUAUCCAAGUAAAGAAAUAUUCAAUUGCAACCAGACGAGGGGCUAUUUGAAGCAAACUCAAUUUCUGCUAAAACGUGGUGGCCUAAGCCAUGGGGGCGUUCCUGGACAAGCCCAAGACGGAGAAGCACAAUGCCCACGGUGAGGGCAACAACCUCCGUUAUGGCCUGAGCAGCAUGCAGGGAUGGCGGGUGGAGAUGGAGGACGCCCACACCGCUACGGUGGGUCUACCCCAUGGCCUGGAUGACUGGUCCUUCUUCGCUGUCUACGAUGGCCACGCCGGCUCCCGCGUGGCUAACUAUGCCUCUAAACACCUGCUGGGGCACAUCAUCACCCACAGCAUGGGUUCCCCGGGCCCUGAAGGUGUCACCCCAGCCCCCACCGUGGAUGUGGUCAAGACGGGGAUCCGCACCGGUUUCCUGAACAUCGACGAGCACAUGAGGAACUUCUCAGACCUGCGUAACGGCAUGGACCGCAGCGGCUCGACAGCCGUGGCCGUACUGCUCUCGCCAGAGCACCUCUACUUCAUCAACUGUGGUGACUCACGGGCCGUGCUCUACCGCAAUGCGCACGUCUGCUUCUCCACGCUUGACCACAAGCCCUGCAACCCACGGGAGAAAGAGAGGAUCCAGAACGCAGGUGGCUCUGUAAUGAUCCAGAGGGUGAAUGGUUCCCUGGCCGUGUCCCGGGCCCUGGGAGACUACGACUACAAGUGUGUGGAUGGGAGGGGUGCCACAGAGCAGCUGGUGUCCCCAGAGCCUGAGGUGUUUGAGAUUGAGAGGGCCCCAGAGGACGAGUUUGUGGUGCUGGCCUGCGACGGUAUCUGGGACGUGAUGAGCAACGAGGAGCUGUGCGAGUUUGUCAAGUCCCGUCUGGAGGUGUCCCACGACCUGGAGAAGGUCUGCAACCAGGUGCUGGACACCUGCCUGCACAAGGGAAGUCGGGAUAACAUGAGUGUUGUGUUGGUGUGUUUGCCAAACUGCCCUAAAGUGUCAGAGGAGGCGGUGAAGAAAGAUACAGAGCUGGAUAAGUUCCUGGAGUCUCGCGUGGAAGAGAUCUUAGAGAAGGCAGGAGAGGAGGGUAUUCCCGACCUGGUGACGGUCAUGAGGAACCUGUCCUCAGAGAGCAUCCCUAACCUGCCACCAGGGGGAGGCCUCGCCAGCAAACGCAGUGUUAUCGAAGUAGUGUACAACCGGCUGAACCCACACAGGGAAGUGGAUGGGAUUAGAACCAGCAGGACAGAAAUGGGACAGUCAACGAAAGCAAGCAAGACACGUCGGGGACAGCCCUCCUGUAUCAUUUGGCUACCUCCUUUGGGGAUGUACCAGAUGUGAUUGUCGAGCACUUCAGGAGAGACUGGAGCAGACCUUGAGGACCCCUGGUAACUGGCCAUCAGAACUGCCUGUUCCUACAACGGGACUCCUUUAUACACAAGACAUCUUUACUCACUUUAUUCCUUUUUUAUUUUUCCUACGAUACCAAGAGAUCGAUUGGACCAUAAAUGACGAUUUAAAAAAAUCACACAAAAAAUCAGUUAACACACAACACAAAGGAUUGCAAAACAUUUUUGAUUAAAAAAGGGUGUUCAAAAAGCACUCGCACAUCUGAGCUGUCUUUGCUGCAGGUGCAUGCUAACAAUGGAAUAACAUGAGAAAAAAGAAGAACCGCGCUCACGUUAGAGCUUUGUUGAAGGCCUUGAGGCCGAUACGUAAAGCUUCAUAAAGAACAGCGAUACUAGCAAGAGUAGUGUGCCGGUUUCUUCUUUUUUCUCAUCUUAAAAAAGGGGGGAAAGAAAGACUGCGAUGGUGGUAUAAACGAUGUAUACAAAAUAUAUAUAUACUAGACAAAUUAAGACUUGUUGUUUUUUUUCCUUUUUAUAGCUUUUUUGUGGUUUUUCUUUUUGUGCUGAUGAAGAGACACGAGGGCCAUAGUUGGGACAUUUUGUGGCCCAUCCCUGUGCAGUCUGGGGUGCCUUUUUCCCCAUCGCUGAGGAUGGAGGAGCUAGCAACCAGCUGUAAACUGACCAGGCCCCAAGUCCCUGCUUCCAGACACAAGGGGCCCUACAGAGGACCACCACUGGGUCAGGGACUCACUGGCCUGUGGCUGCCUGGCUGGACAUUGCUACUGGGAUUUCAGAUAGACAAACCCAAUGUGUGGACAGGAUAGGAGUGACUGGCUGCAUUCUAUGGCAUUACUUGUGUGGAAGGGUUUGGAGACUGAUCGCUUUUUGCACCUUUUCCCCUCACUUUUUCUCUCCAACCAACAACAAAGAAACAACGGAGACCCAGCUAAUGUUUGCAUUGACAGACACUGCCUCAACUUCAACCAUUUCACUUCCAUAAGCUUUCUAGCCUGCUGUUGAUCAAGAAAAAUUUAAAAUAUAUAUAAAAUCCAUAUAUUUUUGAUUUAUGUAAAAAAAAAAAAAAAAAAAUGUGUCAUGUGGCCUACUGUGUGUUUGUAAAGAUGAGGAAGUUGCUGGUUUGUUGACUUUAGGAGUCAAACAGAGAUCUUGAUUGACACGUGAGGAAAUCUACGUGGGUGUGUACAAACCAGCCACCCAAGGACUCUGGGUUUUUGGGCUAAAGGGAUUCUAACUGUCCACCAAAGCCUCACUACUCGUUUCUCCUUGCACUUCUCUCUCUUUCUUAUUAGUUUAUCCUAUGUUCUGUCUUUCCUCACCCUCCUUAAAAUGCAGAAACGGACUCUUGCAACAACUUGCCUUUUUAUUCGAUUUUUCUCAGAUAAAUAAGUGUGUUCUUUUUUUCCGUUUAGCAAUUAGAAAUUUCUAGGCAAUGAUGAUGUUCACCUUUAGUUUAUUUUUCAAAUGCCGUGUUAAUAGUGUAAUAUGGUUGUUCCAUUGCGUUCUCUAAAUUUCAAUAGAAAUUGCUUGUAUGAAAAAAUGAAACCAAUGAAAUGUGUUAAAAGGAGAAGUCAAGCAUGAUUUAGUGUGCCGGAGAGGGGUGAGGUGGCUCUCGGCCCAGGUUUCUGGCUUGGCUAUGAUCUGGUACACAAGCCUUGGUGCCAUGUGACUUAGGUACUUGAAUGUUGGGUGUGGUUGUAUUUUUGCAAUAUUGAUUUUCAUGAGAUUAUAAAAAAAAUAAUUGUGGGGGGGUUGAAUAAUUUUUUAGCUGUGCAUGUUUUGUGUUGGAGGAGUGUGGGAUGGGGGUCAGACGGGUGGGGUGGGGGUGAUGGUCCUGGUUAAUGGGUAUGUUUAAGCUAUAGUAGACACUGGGUUAAGAGGGUGUGGGGCUGCUUUGAAUGUAAUUCACCUUCACACUACACUGCACAGGCUGAGCGGAGGCUACAGAUGCUUUCCUCCCCCUGGUUAUUUGAUGACAGAACUUACCCUGGCAUUUAGUUUUCAUUGUUUCAUUGGAAUAUAUAGGCUAUAGAGUCCCACGUGGGGUUAUAUUAAUACGAUCUUUAUUCUCACUCAUCUUCCUCCCGAACUGGAGCAAUUUGCUGGUCCCGCCCCCUAUUACUAACUGUAAUGAUUGAAAAAUGAGAAUGUUUGUGAUGUUUUGGGGGCUGGAAAUGAACUUGGUGAUUUAGUGCCCAUGUUAUUCAUCCUGAUUUUCCUUUUAUCUUUUUUGUGUAUCUACAAGUAUUGAUAUAUAGAAUGGUGAUCAUUUCCACAUUUUAUUUAUUCCUGAUUUUAGCCUUUAACAUGAGAGGUGCUGUAUUUGAGAAUGGUAUACGGUUAUGAUGUGUGUGUAGGUGUGGCAGGGUUUGCCCCGCCCCCUCUGCAGGGUCACCUGAGUGAUGAGGGGGUCAGGGGUCGAUCGUGAGUUUUCACCAUACCUCCUGAUAGUUCCCAGUAUAACAUUGUGAUGUUUCAGACCAUACCGUGAGCAUAAUCUUCAAUAAAGGAUGGAUACAUUUAGAUGAAA